AUGGCACGCACUGUAGACCAUACUGAUUCAUCUGUAACACUACAGGAAACAAAUCAUAGCGAUACGACAGCAACAUAUGAGCCAGUAUACUCUGUGUUUACGAAAAAUGCUAAAGUAGCCAUAACAGCUACCGUAUCAUUAUCAGCAUUUUUUUCUCCAUUUUCUACCAACAUUUAUUUUCCUGCUUUGCAUAUCAUACAGAGAGAUCUGCACACAACAGAACAGCUGAUCAGUUUGACCGUGACGAUGUACAUGAUACUCCAAGGCAUAUCACCCUCCUUUUGGGGCGCCAUGGCCGAUACCUGGGGAAGACGACCAGUUUAUAUAGCAACUUUUUUAGUCUAUUCUUUGGCAUCCGCUGGUGCGGGCUGUGCCCAGAAUUACCCAGGAUUACUCAUCAUGCGCAUGCUUCAAGCAGUAGGCUCCAGCUCGGCUAUUGCAGUUGGAGCCGGUACGAUUGGUGAUAUAUCUACACCUGCAGAAAGAGGAGGGUAUAUGGGUGUCUAUUCUAUGCUCACUCAGCUUGGACCACUGUUGGGCCCUUUCCUUGGUGGAUUGAUCAGUCAAACGUUAGGAUGGAGAUGGAUAUUCUGGAUUUUAGCUAUCAUGUCUAUUCUCCUAUGGUUUGUCCUAGUUAUCUUUCUACCCGAGACAUUGAGAUCACUCGUCGGCGAUGGUUCGGGAUAUGCAAAUCCCACCCUUCUACAAUACUGGAGAAGAUCAUUUAGAAAGCAAGAACAUGACGGACUGAGCACGACUUCUCGAUUUGAUUCAGCCACAAAAAAUCGAUUUCCUAACGUAUUCCAGUCAUUGACCUAUCUGAAAGAAAAAGACAUUGCCGUAUUACUCUUUUACAAUGCAUUACAAUAUAGUGCAAUCUACAGUAUGCUCACGAGUUUAACCAAGCUCUUUACAGAAACAUAUCAAUUAAAUACACUUCAGAUCGGCUUGUGUUAUUUAUCUAGUGGCUUUGGCUCAUCUUUAGGUUCAUUUAGUUCUGGAAGAUUACUGAACUGGCAGUUUAGUAGAUAUUCCAGAUCAUACUUAUCUACCAAAGGUGAAGGAUCGAGGAAAAACCUUGAUCCUGAGUUUCCUAUCGAGGCUGCCCGCCUUAAUCUAACCUGGAUCUGGGGUGUCGCCUUUAGCUUAUUUACAUCAGCCUAUGGAUGGUGUUUACAGCUCAAAGUGAAUAUUGCAGUACCACUUACCAUGACAUUCUUUAUGGCAUACACUUCGUCUUCUACAUUUUGUGCCAUCAAUACACUUUUAGUGGAUUUGUUUCCAAACAACUCAGCAGCAAUUAUAGCUUCAAAUAACUUUACACGAUGUAUUCUAGGUGCCCUUGCAGUAUUUUGCGUCAAUCCAGGAGUUGAAUUCAUGGGCAUAGGGUGGUUCUUCACUACCGUGUCCCUCAUUGUAUUUGUAUCAAGAGCAAUUCUUAUUGUGGAACUAAAGUAUGGUCCAAAAUGGAGAUUACAGCGAACCGAACGCAGUAUGGUCUUACUCUCCUAA